UCUAUAACUAGAUUGAAUAAUGACUCAUUAGUCUACGAUUGAUUUUAAAGGGCUUAUUAGUAUAAAUCGGCAUUCGACGGCGGAUGGAUGUUGAUUUUUGAUUGAAUUUUUCUCUAGAUUUUCAUAAAUUAGUUUUCAAAUAAGUCUAUUUCGAUUUUAAAAUAAUAUUGAGUUUGUGAUAUGAAAAGUGUUGAUAAUAUUUAGAAACUUCUAAUCUUUUGAUGGAUGCGAAUCAAAUAAAAAAUGUGAAUUGGAAAAUGUCUGUUAGAAUUGUUCUAGACAAUUCUGGUACAUACCAACCCGGUGAUACAGUGCACGGAAAAGUAGUUUGUAAUCAAUCAUCAUCACAGAGUUUUAGAGCUUUAAGAUGCAGAUUACGAGGAAGAGAACACACAGCUUGGACAGAAAGAGAAAGCUAUUACGAUAGUCAAUCGAAAUCGACGAAAUGGAGAACAGUUCAUUAUAGUGGAGAUAAUAAAUUCCUAGCUAUAAAUCAAGAUCUCCUUGGAGAAGGAACUUUGUCACCUGGCUACCACUCGUUUCCUUUUGCAUUCACAUUGCCAAAAGUAAAUAUGCCAAAUCCUUACAAUGGCAAUUACGGAUAUAUCAGAUAUUAUAUUAAAGCAGUAAUGGACAUACCAUUUGCAUUCGAUCAAGAAGAUGAAGUUACAUUGCAUAUAAUAUCACCCAUUAAUUUCAACUUUAUUCGUCAAGAGUUAUGUUUGGAUCCAGUCUCUUACCAAGACGAUAAAACAAUAUGUUGUUGUUGUUGUGCCAGCGAUCCCAUCACCAUGGAAGUUAAUUUGGAAAAAGAAGCGUUCGUUGUGGGUGAAGUGGCAAAGAUAAAAGUAGAUAUAACUAACAUGUCCAAUGAAAGUAUAGUGGAAUUAAAUGUGUCAAUGAAAAUGACAAUAGAAUCAAAAACGACCAGUCCACGGACACACCAUAAAUAUGAUACUGAACUGAUAGGUCUUAUUUCAGAUACCGGAGUGGGGGCACAUGGACAAAGAGUUUAUAAUAUAGAUUUUCAAAUACCACAAUCAGCAAUAAUACCCAAUUUUUAUGGAAGCAGUUUAUUUAAACAAUGGUGUGUUUUAAAGGUUGAAGCUGUCAUACCAGGCUGUCAUUCAAAUUUGGAAAUUGAAUCUGGAGUACACUUAGGUCAUAUUCCAAUUUUGGAAUAUAAUUCAGAGCCACAACCACCACGUGUAAAUUGGAUUCCAGCUUCUGAAGCACCAGGAGGUUUAUUCCCAACACCUCCAAUAUUUAAUCCGGGUUUGAAUCCUCCGCCCUAUUCGCCAGAGAAAGCACCACCGUAUCCAACUGGAUCUCCAGGUUUUCCUACGCCUUUUGGAUAUGGAGAAGGUUCAUCGAGUUCUGCGACUGCCCCGAGAGAGGAGGAAGCCCCUUCAGCUCCAUCAAAAGCACAACUAGCCCAAGGUGACAACUUUGAAAUAAUAGAUGGAGAAAAAGAAGAACCACCCCCUCCGUCAUAUAACGAAAUUGUGAAAGGACAAUUUACGAAUCCUACGGCACCAACUGCGCCCCCAAGUUAAUUAAGUUUGAGUAUCGUAUGAUCUCGAUCCAAUAUACGACAAAUUGGUUCAAGAACACUAUUUUAUGCUGGAAGUUUAUCAUCAUCAAGUAAUUGUAUACAAGUGCCAAAUAUGAAAUAAUUUCUAGCAUUAAACCGAUCAAUGAAUAGAUAUAGCAGAGUGUCCUUAUAAGUAAAUUGAUAAUUCACUUCUACUUAACCUCAAUUUUUCCUAUAAUUAUUUAUCCGUUUACAAUGAGAAGAUUUUUUUACAGAAAUUUUCUGUAGCUACAAAGAAUGAUAACUUUUGGCAUAUUAAUGUAAACACUCUUUGGUUUAGGUUGAAUUAUUAGGAACUUUGUAUCUUAUUAUUUUAUCAAAAAUUUAUUCUUAAUUGCUAGCUUAUUUUAUCGCAUUCAAAAUAAAAUCUUGUGAAAUAAUACACUUUCGACAAUAAAAAUUAAUUCAUUACAACAUUUUUCAAGGAACCAUCUUCAGCACUUCUGUACGGUAUUUUCUAGGCAACAGGUGAUGCUUGAACAAAAAUAUAAUUUAGACAGAUCCUAUAAGGUAUAAGUAUUUCAGAUGUAAAUUUCUACUAGCGGCUAAUACUCUCUUUAAAAUUUCAUGUUUGACUUCAAUAUUUUUUUAUUCACUUAUUGAUCAUAAACAUCAAUACGGUUUUGAUCAUUAUGCAUCAAAAUGGUAAAUAACUAAGACAGUAAAAUUGACUAGCGCCUACAAAGCUUGGAUUUCUAAAAAGUUAGGCUAACAACCCAUAACAACAUAACAAAUUCUUAACCCACUAGUGACCAACUGCAACUAAAAUUGCAUGACAAUUCAGAAUUUUCUGAAAAUGAAAACAGUUGGUUUCAUGUAACUCAUAGUGGAAGGGAGUUCUUGUGGGUAAAUCUCUUUUUUGCCAUUUACCUGCUUGACUUCAUUGAAGAAAAAGUUAUUUUCUUUUUAACAGAGCUAUUAUUUUCAUAUUCAAAACUGAAAAACUUUUCCGUAUUUUACUAAAUCUCUAUUAUCUACAGGCCGAAUUCAAUUUUACAACGAAAAUAUGUGAAAAAAAAAUUAUAUUUUUGAUAAAUUGAGAAUAUAACUUGGAUAAAUCAAAAAAGUCCUGUGAGUAGUAUGAAGUAAAUGUCAAAUGAUUUCUAAUGGGAAAUUGAACAUGGUCUGCUGAUGAAAUGACAAUCAUGUCGUUACAGUUUUGAUAAAUUGUGUUUUGGGGUCUCAAAUUCCGCGAAUUGGUAUUUUAAAAAGAAUCUCGAUGCAAAUGACUAUUUCAUAAGGAAGGAAUUGGAUUUUAUCGAACAAUUCAUACCUACAUAUAGGAUUGAGAUUUUCACCAAAAAAGAGGUGGUCCUAUUUUUUCUGGGUCAUAAAUGUUUGUAUGGUCCAAUGCUGGGUAUUUCAUAGUCUGUUAGGUCCUAACAUAGACCUUCUGAAAUUCCAGAAAAAAUGUGUUCCAUACAUUAUUCAGAAUUAUGGUCAUUAACCACACCUAGCCUGUACAAGGAGCUUGGUUUGGUUGGUUAGAUCAUUUCAGUGUGAAAAGUGUGUGUAUCAUAGGUACCAUCAACCAUAAAAUAUAAAUUGUUGACGUUUGGAGAAAAAAUUGAUGCAAUAUAUUAGCAAAAAACUUAGAUUUAAUUCAGACUGUAGCUUAAUCAUUUUGUCAUAACUUUUUAUGGAUAAACAUAAUUACAAAAAUGUUAGAUGUCAAUAUUCUAAUUUAAAUCCUGAAUGUCAGUAACAACUUUAGUUGCUUGGGCGUAACUCCAUUGAUGAUUAUUAACAAUUUAUUUACUCAAGACCAUUUUGAAACAAAAUGAUUUGAAAAACAGUUUUAAAAAAAAUUUUUGGCAUUAAUGGGGAAUUUUUUUAGACAAUUUUAUUUCUUAUGUUCACUUUUAUUUCCCUCUAUGACCCUACUUUAUCUUAAAUAACUUUUUACUGCUUUUUCGGUUAGAAUUGUAUUAUUUACGUCAACGUAUUAUAAUUUAUAAUUAUAAAUUUUCAGAAGUUUUUAGACACUGUCUCUUGCCAAUGAAGAAUUUUCAUGGUGAUCAUAUGAUUAUAUUGAUUUUUAGACGCAGAAUAUUAAUUCAAUUGUUGAGAAAGUAGCCUAAAAACGAUAUAGAGAGUAUAGUCUAAAAUAUUUUUUUUUGUUUUUUGCUUUGUGCCACCUGGCUGGUGGCAUAUGUAUUAUGAUGGAAACAAUGGUGAAAAUAGAGUUUUGACGGCUUCAGAAACAGUUGAAGUGGACCAAAAGAACCAAUUGGUCACUUCCAGAGAAUCUUCUUGUACUUUAGAAAAUUGCUCCACAGCUGUCCCAUAAUAUAGUGUCGAAAAUGCGAACCAAAAUGGUGCCAGCUGCAGCAUUUUCCGGUAAUCCAUGUGAAACUUUAGCGCUCACCAAUAACGCAUUUUUUGGUUUACUAUAAUGUUUCCUAAAUCAACAAUUUUUACAAGAUUUUGAAAUAUUUGUGUUCAAAAAAUGUUCUCGUUCUUUGCUGAAUUUUCGUAGCUAGUUCAGUUAUAAUAACAAUGACUUGUUACGGUAAGCAUGACCUGAUUAUUAAAGGGUUCAAAAUAUGUUAUUUUUUGUAAUAUCUUGAGACACAAUAUUUUUACUCAGGAAAAAUGAGCUUGCCAGAAAGAUUUAAAAUUUCAACAGCUACAUCCGCCAUCAUUGAAUUUUCAUUAGACAUUUGAAAUUGGCUUUCCUUCUAUGAAUCUGAAGGUGAUGUUCCAUACAUCCAUACAAUAUGAUGAAUCCUCAACACUACUACAACUCAACUAUAGCUCAUUAUUUACAAACCUAUUUGACCAUCUGACAUAUUAAGUUUGUCUGAUGAAUCAGAAAAGUGUGAUUUUAGCAAAACUCUCUCAAAUUUUGAUAAUUGUUAGGACUCUAGCCCAAAAGUUUUUAUUAGUAAAGUUUUUUGUAAUUUUAAUUCACCUUCCUAGUAGUAGUUAGGAUGAGAAGUAAUUUGCGGUUAACAUCAAGGUAGAUUGUGACCUUACUUAUUGUUAAUCAUAUAAAAACACAAGAGUAGUAGUAAUGUGGAUAUUAGGAAACGAAAUAUAUUCCAGCUGUUGAAAUUGAAGAUCCAAAAUGGCAAUCGAAUACUCAAUCGUCCAGACCUCUUAGUAUUUAAUUAUAUGUAGGCAUAUAUAGUAUGAAUAUAUAUUGAAAUGAAUAUUGUGUAUUUUGUACUCUUUUAUGUGUUUGAAUAAAGUCAUUAUAAAUAA